AAUAGAUUAUACAGCACUUGCAAUAGGCGAAUCGCAUCACUAAAAACGGGAAGCGGAAACGGCGGACCGGCUGAUUGUCAAAGAAAUAGAAGUUAAAAACAACGAAAACGUCGGAAAGAAGUCAAAAUAUUUCCAAUUUUCCAAUUUCUGUGUUCUUGUUUAUCUUUUCAAAUUUUUUCUACUUUGAUUACAUUGCCCAACAUGGAACAAUGGGAGGCUCUGUUGGAAGUCUACCCAGAGCCAGCCGAUCCUAAAAGCUGCAACAAAGCAAUACGAACUGCUGACAAUUUGCUUAAAAAAGAUCUAGCUGAUUUUGAGAUAGAAAGGAUCCUGGAUACAUUGCUUUACCAGCCAGUAUGUUUAUUGGGUACAAUAUCUUCAUACCAUUCUGUUGACUCCUGGUGCCAUGUGGUCAGAGAAACCUUCAAGUUACUCGCAGAUGUGGUCACGAAGCAUUCUGAGACUGUGCAGCCGUACUGUGAAGAUAUUAUUCGGAUUUGUCCUCUUCAAUUCGACUCGGAGGGACAGAAGAAUGCGCUUUUAUGUUUAGAGAGAGUCGCAAGAGUAUAUCCGUGCGAUGGCACGCUUGCGGCCCGCCUUAUCAAUCAGUUGGAAUACUCUGACGUAUGCAAGACACAGCUGGCACUCAUUGUUGGCACAGUAUGUGAGUGUCACCCUGAAACGGUCGAACACGAGGUCACCAGAAUAUGGCGGAUAUAUCUUAGAAUGCUCGAGUCCAAGAAAAAUUCGGACACACUGACAUCGGCGAUACUGCAAGGACUGUCCGGACUCUUCCACAGUUUCGGACCACAUCUGCCCACUUCGGAGUUGAAUUUGUUUUAUGACACCCUUAUAAAGUACAUUGACACGUCCAAAUGUAAUAAAGUGAUAAUUACAAUACUAGAGAAGUAUGCAUAUUUGUUUAAAGAGAGGCUUUCGGCUGACGUAAAUAUACGCCGCUGGUUGUGGGAGACGGUGCGAGAUAAGAAAGAUAAUGCGAUCGCUUUACGCACUAUAUAUGAAGCCGCUGUUGAUGUUCUGAACAAGGACAGAGCUCAGAAUGUACUAAAUUCAGAAGUAUUACCGAGGGCAGAGGCGACAGAUACGAAUACAAAGUUUACCGCGUUACGAAUAUUAGUAUAUAUGGAACGCAAGGGCUUCAGUUUCGGAGAUCUUGCGCGACUUACAGACAUACAUUCAUUGGAGUUUCAGCUUCGAUGUGGUAGUAUAUCCUAUGAUAUUGCAGAGGAGAUAUCGUGGUGCAUAGAGUCGAAUUUGGCCAACAGUGAUAAAUUGUUGCAAACAGCGAUACUGUUUUACGAGAAUUUACCUAACUCUAAAAGGGUCGAUGUCAUUUCACGAGGUAUAUUGGAAGCCCCAGACGAUGUUCGAGCGGACUCUAUAGUAUUCCUAACGACGGAAACAAUACAGCCAUCGGACACGGGCGACGGCGUGUUGAAAUACAUAGAGGUAUGGCGGAACCUCAUGAUGGGUACCCAUCCUGCGUCAGGCAAAGUUCUCGAGGAGUUCGUUGCUCAUGUCACUUUCGUGUUGGAGACGUUCUUCGAGGAAGGUGGCGAGGAGGUGCCGGACCGGCUGUCCUCGCUCCUGAGCCUGACGUCCCAACUGGUGCCCCUGUCGCCCCCGCAGGCAGUGGACGUGUGGGCGGCGUUGGCCCCGCCGGUGGGACGGUGCGAGGCCGCCACCGCGCUCGCAACACUCGCGGCCAUCGCUGAACACCUCAGUGACUCUGACUCACUAGGUGACGUGUGCAAGGGCAUCGAAAUAUCUAGAUGCAAGGACGAGGCGACGCUGUGCGCCGCGUGUCUGCUGGUGAUCAGGGCCCCGGCGGAGCCUGAACAGGUCCUGUUGGCAUUACAGGUGAUCUUCUCCAGAAACGACGUGGAAUGGAAAACGUUCCUCGAGGGCCUGGAGAAACUGAAUUAUCUGAUAGUGGAAAGGCGCGAAUGCCUCGACGAGGAUCGCCUACAUAAUGUGAUCCGCUCAGUGGAGAAACUGCGCGUGCGCAUCGACCUCGCUCAGAGAGAUGGCCGCGUGCUACACAGGCGCAUCCUUAUGUUCUUAGGCAAAUAUGGCCGCAAAACAGAUGUGAACAAUAAUAGGAGGACAAGUAGCUCGGUUAUAGCGAAGCUGAAGGAUGCCCUGUCGCUGAGGAUACCUCACGCUGACCAGGGAAAAGAUGUGAAGAUAAAUCUACGAUCAGUGCUGGAGUUAGCCGUCGAGGAGGGAGAGACGGAUGUCUUGUAUCAACUAUUGACUGUCCUGUGUGCUCACCCAAACAUAACGUCGAGCUCUAAAACUGGAGAAGCCAUAUGUGCGGGCGUGGCGCUAGUGUGCCGCGCGGUGUGCAGUAGGCUGGCGGCAGGCGGCCGCGUGCGGGGGGUCGCCCUGCACCACGCCGCGCUGCGGGCCUCCCCACGGGCGCUACCCGCUUUACUGCAGUACAUAAGCGAAGAAACGUCUCCAGGAGCCAGGCGGAUGCUGACCGAGCUGGUGGGCGUGGUGCUGCAGUCAGGGUCGGAUGAGGGGCUGCAUACUGCCGCCGAGAGGGCACAGCUCAUGCUGGCCAGUACUCACUCAAUAACGAGACGCGCCGGUUUGGACAUAACGGACAUUCUAUUAUCCGCUUUAAAACGGAAUGAUUCGCUCACACGCACACUACUACCGCGGAUUCUCGAAUUAAUAUCGUCCACAAACGAACUCGAAACAGUAUCGACGUUCGAACUCGCGUCGAGAACGUACGUCGAGAAAAUAGCACUGUUCGAUGUGACAGCGCUUAGAGAAUUGAUGAAGAAUAUUAUUAACAAUCUAAUGGUACAUCGAAAAUUGAAUACGGAAAGCGAUAUUAAGAUUUAUAACAAUUUGACAGCAAAAUCAUUAAGUUUCAUAAAAGAAGCGAUCGAAUCGGAAAAGCAGGAGUGUGCAAUAAUAUACGAUUCGUUUUUCGAUGUUUAUGAUUGUAAGAAUUUCGAAUUGUACCAGUGUAUUUAUGUGUUGGCAACAAUGAGGAAUCGAAUCGGAUUGCAUUCGAGUUAUUACAGUAAUAUGUUGACGAGAAGUGAUUUAUUGGAGAGAGUGUAUGCUAUUGAAGAUUUCGAUGUGGAUGCAAGCAGCGCUGGACCAGAUUUGUUCAAGCUGGACGCAGUACUGAUGUUUUUCAUUGAAUAUGCUGCAAAUCUAUUGGAAUUACAUUACAAGAAAACUGUGGAUUUCUUAGCGAAAAUAAUAAAGAAUCUAAAAUCGGAAAAUGUUAUUCAUUCACAUAAAAUACUUGAAAAUUGUAUCGCGAAGUAUAGAAAUAUUCUAAAAUUUAUACCUAGUAGUGUCCAAUCUAGCUUCGAAGAUUGGUGCCAAAGGUUGCCAUUAGAGAAAAUAACUUUAUGUGUCAUCAAACAGUACCCGGAAAAGAGUUCCGUGACAACAGUAAAAGCUUUAUCCAUAUUACUAAGUGUUUUCGAAUCGAAGCCGAUAUUAAAAGAAGUCGAAAAUUGGCAUACGUCAAUAUUGAGUAACUAUCACAGAGUCGAGACGAGACAUAUGUCAUUUUUGACAGAUUGCCUGACAGUAGCUGUCAGGUAUUUGACAGAUGCCGAUGUUAAGAGUACAAUUUUAGAAGGUGUGAACUUGAAAGGCGUACGCAACGAAAGAGUGGGCAUUAAAUUUUGUACGCGUUUCAUACAUGUGUUGGUUCCGUUUUUAAAUAGAAUCCUUUUGGAGCCCGGCUUAGAGGAAUGCUGUUCCAUAUUGGACGAUAUCGUCAGGUUUUAUGUUAGAAAGAGAUCGCUCGAUGCCAGUGAAGUUGUGAUAUUGGUUGAUAAGCUAUGGCCGGUAUAUGAAGCGAGAACAAAUUUCCAUCAGAAACGACGUCUGCUGUACAACAUGUCUUGUUUGCCUAAAAAGCUAGGUCCGGACUCGAACCCGCUACGGUGGGUGGCCGAUCAGCUCGCCUCCGACACAAGUCGCGAGUGUAAAACAAGUCUUGUAACGGUGCUGCCGUCUGGCGAAGGUUUUAGCGCGUGUUACGCCCAGUUCGCGUCCAGCUGCCUGCCGGCGACGCUGGCGGAGGUGCGCGGCGGAGCCCGGGCGGCCCUGCGAGCCGCCCUGGACGCUCUGGCGGCCAACGGGGACCUGAAGCUGCUGGACAUCGUGCUCACCCUCGCUGAUAGUGAUGACACGCGAGGAUGGUGGGAUGAGGCGAUGGCCUGCUGCGCGGCGUCGCUCGCUCGUUCGGAGCGUAUGGAGAUGUAUGAAGCGGCCUACAGGCGCUGCUGGGGCGGUCUCACGCUCGGCGUGUGUCAACGGAUCAUGGUGCCACUGCUUAGAUACGCAACACCAGCGUUCUGCGAGCGCUUCUUCUCGACGACCAUUCAGGACCUGCUGAGGAAGCUACGCCUCAUACCAAGGGUGUCUGCCGCAAGCUUGUCCUUGUACCACAAAUGCGUGGUAGACCGCAUCCGCGCCCUCACGUUACUGCAAGUAGCGUUUGAAAAGAUUCCGCUUCAAUCCUUACAGUCCCCUCAGGCGAUACUCUACAGCGAAACAGAAGUCAAGGACCCGUACUACCUGAUCAGGGAAGGCUGCAAGCUGUGCGUCACGCUCCGCCUCGAAGACUGCCCUGCUGCUGCUGAUGAUGCACUCAGGGCAGAUUUCAAACGAUUUCAAUAUAAAAUGUACAAUUGUUUGAGCGCGGCCAUAUGCAAACGGCGGCCGGUGGAAAAGUUUUAUGAAAGCAUUUUAAGUAGGCAGGCAUGGUCGCGACUCUGCGACGAGAGUGUUACGUACAAGUUGCCAAUAUUCAGGUCGAAGCGCAAGACCCGGCACUCGGUUUCUGUAGAGGUGGGCCAAGGUGGUGACUACCUCAGCUCGGGCAGCGUAAGGACGAGGAUGUUUCUUCGAACUCUAUCCGAUGAUCCUCUCAACUACGACCUCACCACACACGAAGAGUUUACCCAGGUGGUAACCCAAGAUCUGGAGUUAACUGACAACGAACUGAGCCAACACGCAUGCGCGGCCACGCUCACCGCCGUGGUCGCGCACGUGGCCGCGCACAGCCACACGCAGUGGCUGCGGGAACUGGUCGCGGCGCUCGACGAGCUGCACGACAACACGAGGUGGCUGCUGGCGCAGGCCAUCAUCAACUGUAAAGAGGAGCUCAGACAACACGCUAAUGUUCUCUGCCCGGCGUUGCUCAAACUUGUAGCGAACACGCCGCGCGAGGAAGGAGGCAGGAAACGUCUCAAUGGAUUGCAUGUGGAUAUUCUCGAUACAGUGACGAAAUGGUGUGAAGACCCCGAGUGUGGCGGCGUUUUAAUACCUAAUUCCUCGCAUGGCCACCUCAAUACAGCCAUAGAAUACCUCGUGUGUACAACCAUAGACAUCGGGGAAAGGUUCCUCCUGGAUCUCGUGGAGAAACUGAUUGAGCUCUAUGGUAAUGACGUCACGGUGCCGUGGAGGUGCUUCGAGGGGUUUCUUGAGGGAUCUCCCAUAGACAGUUAUCAGAAUAAGAAUUCCCUAUCGAUCCUCAAAAGAUUAACAAAACGUAAAAUAUACAUACCCGAGCUGGUGCCAACGUUGGUGAAGUACGACAAAUAUUGGAGCCAAGAGUACAAAAUGGCGGAGCUGUUCGGAUUGGCGGUUAUGUUGGAAAGCGACAAGGAGGCAGCCAUGCGCCAGUUCAAAAAGAUAUUGGAUAGAACGAGACAGAAGAUAGAUGAGUAUGUCAAGAUAUUGUACUACGCCCAACAAGGCUGUCCCGGAAUAUGUGAUGAGAGGCAAUUCAGAACCAUAGUAGACCAAACUCCGAAAGUGAAGCCGUUGAAAUCAAAAUGUCUCCAAAUCAUAUCAAAGUAUAUUUCACAAAAGUUAUCACCUGACGAGUAUAUUACCUCCAUGUUUGAUACCAUAGAGUUGAAUGAGUUAUUAUCGAGCACAGACAAUAUAGAGGCUAUGGGAGUGGUAAAGAGCGGGUUUCAUUUGAUGGAGGAGGGGAUAAAGAGGCGAGCGGUCAUGCAGAUUGCGGAAUACUGUCAUCACCCAGAGGUGAAGGUCAGGCAAGCGGCGUACGAAGUGAUGGUGAAGGCAUUCGAAGAUCUACUGAACAGUGUGGUGUCCGCCAGUGAAGGUAGUCCGCCAGCGAAGAAGAUUAAAAAGAAGGCAUUGGAUAUUUUGAAUAUGGUACAUGGCGAUGCGUACGCGCACACGGUGCUAUCGCGUGUCGCGAACACGGAUAAUGUCGCCUGUGACGUCAUCAGACGUCUGACGAGUGGCGACUUGCGAGUGAGAUUUGCCGAGUGUCUCCUGUUAUGUCUAUAUAUGCCCCUCACUAAUCACCACCGAGUGUCUCCCAAGAUCCCGCUCUUGGAGAUGCUGUUCGGCGAACUGAGGACCAACGAGCAGUUCCUUGAGGCCAAGUUGAGCAACGAGCCGCUGGAUAAUCAGAGCCCAACCGAUGACAUCAUCAGGACCGCUUCUUCUAAGCUGCUGACUAAAAGUGCAAUGUUUCAAGGGUCAUUCAGGACAUAUCGUACUUCUACUUAUUCGGGGCGGACUAGACAAAGUAAAGCUCCCACUGAUCCUGGCAUAGACGUACAAAUCACCAUAGACAGUAUACUGGAUGCGCUGUUAACAUUUGCAAAGAAUAAUACAGAAGUGCAACGUGCCUUAACGGUGGAAAUAUUCAAAGCGCUCGGCAAUGGUAGUGGGUCCAGUUUGUACAAGGACACAGCUGAGCAGCUCGCCGCCAUGUUGGCACUACCGCCCAGUGACGUCACCCCACUGUUGGUACAACUGGCCAGAGUGACUGUAGACUGCAGAAUUGACGGGUUCCAAGACACAGUGCUCAAGUUGAAGGAAACAACAGCACGUACCGAAGGAGAGGAAGUCACCAGAUGUCUGUAUGAAGAAGUGAGGCUCAGGUGUCUGGGGCCUGAACAAUUUGUUCUUGGAUCGAUUAGUCACGAGAGUGAUGUCAAUAUGAGGUGUGAAACAAAUGAUUUUUCUCUUAAAGAUUUAAUUUCAUGUUUUGGCAAUCUGUCCAACUGGAAUAAAUUGACUAUACAGCAGAAAUGUGAUAUCCAGAACUGCGGCCUGCCUUCCUUCUGGACAGAUGUGUCUACGUUCAAGAGGGAGCUGGAACGAUACGAAGUAAACAGUACGAAAAAUUGGUUCGAUAAAAUGGUAACACUGUAUAAGAAGGGGUGCGAGCGAGACAGCGAGCGGUGGCUGAGCGAGAUGGACAGAUGGCCCGUGAAGCGUUUUGACGUUUCCGCUGUGACAGAAGCAAUAUCAUGGAACAGUGAAAAGCCGCCAACCAGCGACAUACACCGCAGCGACUGCCUCGCCGAAUGGGCCGCCAGACUUCAGAUCAGAUGUGCGUACAAACCUAGCCACGACACCGACUCGUCAGUGGAAUCGCAAACGAACGAUGCUGCGUCCCGCUCGCACGAGUUACUGUGGUGUGUGAGAGCGAACGAGAUGGCCCUACCUGCGCUUACGCUGCAGUGCGUCCGACGUAAUGAACGAUUAUUAGAGGACGACGAAAGACCGGCGUGGGAGUAUCAGAAGCUGCUGGCCUUGAGAGCGAUAGGGUUGAAAGAUAACGACAGUAGCCAUUUAAGGGAGGCAUUACGGAUUGCUGAAAGCAAUGCAGCUAUGUUAACUGGGGAUGUUCCGAAGAUCGUCGGUUUCCAUCAACUCGUUUUGUCCCUGCAUCAAGAUUUAAAUUCAUUAACAUUGGAUAAGGUACAAAACGUUAUGAAUAAUAUUGACGUACAGUACGUAGGUAUGUCCGUGACAAACAAGCAGACAUUGCGGUCUCUAUAUGAAUUAGCGAUGAACUUUUAUAAUGAUAGUUGGCCGAAUGAGGCUUGUUCAGACCGUGAUGCGUUAUUACAAAAUAUGGCAGGUAUAUUAAAUAGGGUAGCCAGUUCGAAUCCCGGCGAUGCCGAUAUGUACCUAGCCGUUGUGCUGAACAGACUAGACAGUUACGAUGGCCGGACGUUGGAUGAUCGUCUCGCUAGAGUUUUAUUGGAUCAGUUCCAACGUCUCCUGCCGUAUCUGGAUGAGUUUUCCCGGGAGCAAAUGAGAACAUGUUGGAACCUGUUCCCGCCGCGCGUACUCGCCGAGUACAAUCUUCAAGAACUGUUUGAUGACGGCAUAGAGAUGUACAAGAAGUACUUCGCACUCAUACGGGACCCGAAACAUUCCCUAAGACAAUAUUGUAAGGAGUUAUUGGACGCCUUGAAUAGAAAUGAUAGAAGGGGUUACGGGACCAUAUUUUGUCGGAUCAGAGAUAUGCUGGACAACCCAUAUGGUGGUACCACCUACCAGCUGCUGAGGAGGCAACGGGAUGUUUUAUACAACGUUGAAGAUUUCUCCAUGCCAAAACAAGACAUCCAGAAUGUUCUAAAGCAGUUGAGGACGGAACUGGAAGAAGAUACCACCACUCUGCGCCUCUCGCAGCUCUGUCCCUCUCUAGCGCUAGCAAGUCAGCGCGGGUGCGAGUGGGACGCGUAUAUAUCUAGAUUCCUCUCGCUCGGACCGCUCAAAGUAGUCAAAUUCGACGAGCGGGUAUCGAUAUUCGUGGACAGCGUCCGCAGGCCGGCGGUGGUGUCGGUGCUGACGUCGGACGGCUGCCGGCGGCGCUGCCUGUUCAAGGCGGGCGAGUCGCUGCGACUAGACGCGGCAGCGCACCGCGUCUCGAGGCUGCUGCGGGACGUACGGACAUAUAAUGUAACUCCUUUGAGCGAGGACAGUGGCCUUGUGGAGUUUCUGGUAGACCACGAAAGGGUAUACAGUUUAAUAUCCAGCAAGUGUCGUUUGAACAAUGUGAAGAUGUCGCUGCCGCAUGCCUCGGACAAGGAUCUGAUCUUCGACAACGUGCCCGCGUACACGCUCAGAGCGGCGUUGGAAGACCACAGCUCCUCGUUGCAAGACUUCAUAGCCAAGAAAUCGAAGUUCCAAGACACGCUCGCGUCCGCCACUGUCCACGGCUGGUUACUGGGACUAGGAGACCGCCACCUGGAGAAUAUCCUGUGCAGCACGACAGAUGGCGCUGUGUGCUACGUAGACUGGGGCGCCAGCCUGCAGUACGGCAGUCAUGAGCUGCUGCCCGCCAGGCUCACCAGGAACCUGCUGGCGGUCUGCGAUCCUCAAGUUCUGGAGAGCCGUAUACAAGACCUAAUGACGUCACUACGCGACUCUCACAAGCUGUACUCCACGUUCAUUAAGAUGUCAUUCAAAUGGAUGGGUCCGGAGUUCGAUGAAAAGUUCGUUUACAUACAAAACAUCUUGUCCGGUGCCGCCCUCUCGUGGCACAUCACGAGAACGGUCAUAGAAAAGUCUGAGAGAAAGGACAAGAAGCAAUACUUGAAAUUACUGGAUCAGGUGUUCCAAGAUUAUUGCAAGAAGGACCUGUACAGCGUUUUAGAGCAGGUCUCGUGUCUUCUCCGUCAUUGUACCGACCCUCGUAUCCUGAGCGUGACGCGCACCAACUGGGAGCCCUGGACUUAAAGAAGGGCACCAAAGAAGGAAGAUACAGAAGAGCACAGAUAAAUUGCUAGAUGCCACAUUGUUUUGUUUCAAUCAACCUGUAUUUUUAUUAAUUUUUUUUCACCUGAAUGUAAUUCAUUGUGCGUAAUAAAGAAAAAUGUUAUAAAAUUUUUAAAUUCUUGUA